AUGCGCCUUUUGGUUCCUUUUUUCCUGGGCCUGGCUUCGGCCUCACUGAAAAAUAUUCAGUAUACAGUUUUAGAGAACACUAAAGAUUGCUGGAAAACUUGUGGAAAUGGCUACAGAUAUUAUGGGGGCCCGUGUGAAGAUGACUGUGGUCCAGGGGCAAUGUGCUGCAGUCAUACUCCAAGAGGAACUUGUAACUUUAAGCAAGCCCUUACAAUCAAAAAUGCAGAGCAUGGAAAGAAAAAGCCAAAGAAAAACCAAUCAGAUGACGAUGAAGAGGACGACACUCCAAAAAAGCAAAAGCCAUCCAAGGCAAAGAAACCAAAGAAGGACAAAAAACCAAAGGGAGAAAAACCAAAGAAAGAUAAAAAACCAAAGGGAACAAAACCCAAGAAGACCAAGAAACCCAAAAAGGCAAAGAAAGCCAAGAAGAAGGGAGGAAAGCAGAUGCGAAUGAGCAUGCUUGCUUUCCCGCACAGAAUGGUUGAAAAUAAUGCUGGCGUCGUAAUUGAUGUCACUGGAGCCAGAUCGGAUGGCAGAUGCGGGCGAAAAUUCAACUUUGCUCCCUGUGCUCUUGUGCCCGUCAAUGGCAACGAAUUCGCUACUCCUUGCUGUAAUAAUGGACGAUGCGUGAGCCAUACCAACUGCGAAUGCUCCACUUGUGUCAAUUAUGCCCACGUGAACAACUUCAUGAAGGACGUUCAAACCUCUCAAACGCGUAAAACAAGAGCUGAAAAUGCUGCUGGACUUAUCGAGAGAAACCGAGAAGCAUAUGCAUCUUGGGCCGUGGAAAACUUGAGUGGAUCUGGCCAUCUUUCCAAGAUACUCCGAGUCAUCAGCACCCAGCACAACAAUCUCAAGCUUCUUCUUCAGCGAGAAGCAGGCAAAAACUGCGUCAACACGAAGAAAGAUCCUUCCGAGACAGCCGGUCAAACGAUUCAAUCAAAGGUCCGAAAACUCGCCGAGGAAAAGAACUUCCCAGGAGUUCUCGAAUUCUUGGCCGAUUUGUACCUUGAUCAGAAUAUCAGUGAUGCUUGCAAGGAACAAAUCGACACGGAAAAGCUGAUGAAACGAAUGAAUCGACCAACGGACGCGAUCAAAAAAGUCAUUGAAAAACUCGAGCGAGCUUCUGACCGAGAAAAACCAUCGAAUGUCUUUUUGAAGGAAAUCGACGUCCCUGCUCAUUUAUCUGAUGAAUAA